AUGUCGACCGUAUCUCAAGGCGCAAAGGUUUACCUCAUCCACACUACACAACAUACUCGCCCUUUCUUGACGACUGUACCUUUCAUAGCCCAUGAUUUCGCUGCGUGGGGACAUCGUGUCGAUCACCACCCCGCAGACUCCGCAUACAUCACUGAGAUUCGAUCACGCGAGGAUGUCGAACACAUGAACCGCAAGGACCGCGGUGGAAGCCGGAGGACGAAGCUGAUGGAAAUAUGGGCAACCGAAGCCGUCCGCAGAAAACGAAGGCAACGAAGAGAACCCCAUGGCAUUGCGAUCGAAACAUCGAUUGGAGAGGGCGGCUUCGGACCGCAAGAUGCCAGAGUGAAGAAGGCUGGUGAUAUGGUGCAGGAUGUCAUCGAUGGCGUGGCUUCAUUUGCCAGAUACACAGCAACACCAAUUCAGCAGAACACAUCACCAGGAUCUCCACCUACCAUCAUCACCACAUACACACGCCAUAUCUUCGCCAUCAGGUACACACCAAAUGCACCUCUCCCAUCAUGGUCGAACCCCGACAUCACGUACGCCGACCAAGUCGUCUUGGAGUUCCACGACUACGAAGAGAUCAGAAAGGAAGUUCUAGUCCAUGCGGUAAACAGCGCGAUUGGCAAGAACGAAGGCAGAAUGGGCAAAGUAGAAAGAUGUCCAAGAACAGCCAUGAAGCGAGUGAUUCUAUGGGUUGACGUCGCAGAUGUCUUCUUCGGAGACGUAGUACAAGACGAACGCAAUGUGGAAGACAGAGAUCCUGUGCCAAAAUACGAGAGGGGAGAAAAGCCGCCAGUGUAUGCCGAAGAGAGAUAG